CCCGCAACAACCAACAAAGCAAGAAGCAAGACAGGUACUUGCGUCGCCCAUCUCUUCAUCACCCUCAACACCCCAAUCCCCAAUCCCACGUACACCUACCCCCUCCCCCAGCGGACCCGGCUGAAGAUGAGCGAGAGCACCGAGGAUCACAGCGUGCGAGGACUCGCGCGUGCGCUGGGUGGUUCCAUUCGGUUUGGACCGCGGCCUGCACAGCAUCAGCAGAAGAAGAAGACAGAAGAGCACUCUCCGUUAGAGGUUGAUGAUGAUGAUGAUGAUGCCACACACUCGUCGUCAGAUCAGGAACCACCGGCAGCAGCGGAGCACGAUGAACAACAGCAGCACCCGCACCAUCACGGCAGCACCGAGGAAACAAGCGAAACACGCCGGGUGCUGGCAGCGGAUAGCGUGGAGACACGCGCUGAGGAGGAAGCAGGUGGAGACGAUGCAGACAGCGCUGUUGACAAGGAACUCGUGAUUUCAUCGGAUACGCUUCCAGAACGGCACAGCAUCAAGAAGCCAGCACAAUCAAAGGGCUCCCUCGGAGACAUCAACAUCGCCCGGGAGUUGAAGAUCAACCAGCGCCUGGCGGAGAAGAACAUGGGGCCGAAGAAGGCAACCACAGAGUUUCGGCUCAAGCACGACAAAGUCUGCCACUCUGUCAGGAGGAAGCCAGAGAGUGAGCUGGAUGCAAAGCUUUCCCAACGCGCCAAGCAGUACGACGAAUCAUCUCCAUCAUCAUCCUCGUCGUCUCCGUCAUCGUCAGCGCAGCAGAACGAAUCAGAGCUCUCGUCUGCGUUUCUCAAGUUCAAGCGAAACGUGCAAACAUGACCUAGCAGCCCGUAGCGUCACGCGUGGUUGCGGGUGUGGUGUGGGGUGGUUGCUGUCUUGAGCGUGCUCUUGACUCACACCAGCGGUGCGGGUUGUGGGAUAUGUUUGUUUGCAUACAAGCAAGUGAGUUGCGUGCGUGCAUGUGUUCGAUUGCUGGUUUGCACAUGUGCGGGGAAUUGUAUUUCAUAUCUGUAAAAGAACGAACAGCG